UCCAAUUAAUUCGUCGGAGAAAAAAAAAAUCUUCCCCACUGCUGCUGUCAUCUAUGCAACCACUCCUCCACUUCACCCCCGCCGCAUCUCACUACCACCGUCACCGCCAGUUGAUCCGCACCUUUAUAAAUGCUAGAAUCAAAUGGGUCCGCGAUCCAUACCUUGACACUGCCAUCGAAAAGGAAAAAAAUCUUAAACCCUUACUCUUACUGAAAACCCUAAUCAUCUCACAGCCCUUCCAAACAAUACCCCUCUCCACUGUUUCCCCUCUGAAACCCCAUCUCCACCUCCCUACAACAGCCCAAAAAUUUAUCGAAAAGUACCCGUCCAUUUUUAAAAUGUUCCUCCCCCCUGGCAAAACCAUGCCCCUUCCUCAUGUUAAGCUCACCCCAAAAGCCCUCUCCCUUCAUCACGAGGAAACGUUGAUGCUUCGUUUAUCGCACUAUCGGAAAGAUGUAGCAGAAAGGCUGGCAAAACUUUUGAUGCUCGCUCGAGGUUUAAAGAUUCCAUUGGAUUUAAUUGAUCUGUUUAAGUAUGAUUUAGGUCUGCCUCAUGAUUAUUUAUUGACAUUAUUGCCAGAAUUUCCUGAGUAUUUUCAAAUUUCUGAUAUGGGUUUUCGGGAUUCAAGUGGUAAUGUAGUGCUUGGUUUGGAAUUGGUUUCUUGGAGGAAAGAAUUGGCUAUUUCUGCAAUGGAAAAGAGAGCGCAGAGUGAGGGUGAAAGUAAAAGUCGAGUUAAGUUCUUGAUGAAUUUACCAAGAGGAUUUGAUUUGGAGAAGAGAGUGAUGGAAUGGGUGGAGGAUUGGCAGAAUUUGCCAUACAUUUCGCCUUAUGAGAACGCAUUUCAUCUGGUUUCUAAUAGUGAUCAGGCAGAGAAGUGGGCAGUGGGGGUGAUUCAUGAGUUGCUGAGCUUGCUAUUGUCGAAAAAGACAGAGAGAGAAAAUAUUUUUCGUCUGGGGGAGUUUUUGGGAUUCACACGCCUUAGGUUUAAGAAGGCUUUGGUGCAUUUCCCUGGCAUUUUUUAUGUGUCAAAUAAGAUUAGGAUGCAGACUGUAUUUUUGAGGGAGAAAUAUAAGAAAAAUCUGUUAAUUGAGAGGCAUCCUUUAAUGGGCAUGAGGUACAAGUAUAUUAAUCUCAUGAACAGGGUGUUGAGAAGGGGUAAACCAAUUAGAUCUGGAUUUGUUGGACGUAAAAAGGGGAAUUCUCUUAGUAAAGGAGGGAGAAGGAAAGGAGACGACAAUAGAUAUAGUAUUGAUGAUGAGAAUGAUGAGUAGGAGAAUGAUGAAGUGACGGUGAUGGAAAAUCGUGGUGGUGUUAGUGGUGACUACGGCGAUUGUGGUGGAGAUUAUGACAAGCAAAACUACAGCAUGGGCUUAUGUUGGCACAUGACUAUGAUUUAUUUGUAGGAUGUUUUUGGAUAGAAUAAGCUGAGUUAUGAUGACAAAAAAAUGAAUUAUGGGGCCUGAGUUCAAUAAAAAGGUACAGAUAUCAAUAACUUGUUCAUACUAUAGGCUGAAUUUAAAGCACAUCUUCUAUAAGAAACGAGCUUCUGAAAUUUUUAAGCAGCUCACCAGGGCUUUACCUUGAUCAAAUGAUAGACUACGUAUGUGCAACCUUUUCCAUAUGACAUGCACGAUUUGUUUACUUGAGCAUACAAGGGGAAAACAAGUAUGUAUCAUAUACCACUGGAAGCUGCAAACGGGAUAUAGUUGAUUAUGGAUGGCGAAGGCACAUGGAUGUUGAGGGUAAGUUCUGUAAUUUUAAUAUUCUCUUUUGCAAAUCUUUCACAGAACAGAUUCUCGGGUGGCAACUGUUUGCACAACAUGCAGAGAAGCCUUAGAGUUGACAAUUACAUGACACAAAGCACUUGGAUAUAAUUUUUGCCCCUGUAGUGUUAUUGUCAUGUUUAUAGCUGUUAUAUUUGCCUCAUAGAAAGAAGA